AUGGAGCUCCGAAAUCUGCAGCGCUGUCAGUUGUGGCUCUGAGCGCCAGAUACUCUCAUGUUCCUGGGCCAAUGUCUCGAGUCUCUGCUCUCUGCCAGCCUGUCCACAUGUAGCAGCCCAAGUCUACAGCUAUCCUCAGCGUUAAUGCCGCCAGUGGAGCCUUCAUGAGCAUCUCCAGCCAUUCUACGCUUCUCAGAUAGAGUUCCCCCGAGAGAUGGAGUGGCUGAUCUUCUCCCUGCUGGUGCUGGCUGUGUCUGCGUCGGGACAGCUGUGCCCCAAGCGUUGCAUGUGCCAGAACCUGUCGCCAUCUCUAGCCAUCCUCUGUGCCAAGACCGGCCUGCUUUUUGUGCCAACAGUCAUUGACCGGCGUACAGUAGAGCUGCGUCUCACUGAGAACUUCAUCACGUCGGUAAGGAGGAGGGACUUCGCAAACAUGACAAGUCUCCUGCACCUGACGCUGUCCCGCAAUACCAUCAGCCAGAUUAUGCCUUACACUUUUGCCGAUCUUAAGCGGCUGCGUGCGCUGCACCUAGACAGCAACCGCCUGAACGUCAUCACGGACAACCACUUCCGAGGACUCACCAACCUCCGGCACCUUAUCCUUGCCAACAAUCAACUGCACAACAUCUCCCCACAUGCAUUUGAUGACUUUUUGGGGACUCUUGAGGACCUGGAUCUCUCGUACAAUAAUCUGGUGGACAUCCCGUGGGAGACUAUAGGACGCCUCACCAAUGUGAACACUCUCAACAUGGACCAUAACCUCAUAGAGAACGUCCCUCUAGGAGUCUUUUCGAACCUACACAAACUAGCCCGUUUGGAUAUGACAUCCAACAAGCUAAAGAAAAUACCCCCUGAUCCCUUGUUCCUUAGGAUACCAGUUUAUGCCAAGUCAAAAGGAUCACCCCUUUCCUCCCUCGUCCUAAGUUUUGGAGGGAACCCACUACAUUGUAACUGUGAGCUACUCUGGCUAAGGAGGGUAACGAGGGAGGAUGACCUGGAAACUUGCGCGUCACCACCAGACCUUACGGCAAAGUACUUUUGGACUAUCCCAGAGGAGGAGUUCAUCUGUGAUCCCCCUGUGAUUACAAGGAAAUCUCCCAAAACCUUCGCCAUGGAGGGCCAGCCCAUCAGUCUGAAAUGCAAGGCCAAUGGGGACCCAGACCCAGACGUUCACUGGAUAUCCCCAGAGGGCCGUCUAAUUGCUAACACCUCCCGUACUUUAAGCUUUAGCAAUGGGAGCCUGGAGAUCAACAUCACUUCAUUGAAGGAUACAGGAGUCUUCACCUGCAUUGCAUCUAAUGCCGCGGGGGAAUCUACAGGCACGGUGGAGUUGGUGGUCAACCCGCUGCCACACUUAGCUAACAGCACUAACCGAAUCCGAGAACCUGAUCCAGGACCAUCCGAUAUUCUAACCUCCGCAAAGUCGACUUCAUCCGUAAGCAAUGAGACCAGGUCUCAGGAGAGGAAGGUGGUACUUGCUGAACUCAUGGCAAAUUCUGCACUCAUCAGGUGGCCUUCACAACAACAUUUCCCUGGAAUCAGGAUGUAUCAGGUUCAGUACAACAGCUCGGCAGAUGACACUUUGGUCUACAGAAUGAUUCCCUCCACGAGUUACGACUUCCUGGUGCGAGACCUCGUAUCCGGACGGGAGUACGACCUGUGCGUUCUGGCCGUCUACGAUGACGGCAUGACCUCGCUGACCGCCACGCGCCAGGUGGGCUGCAUCUCAUUCGUCACAGAGACGGAGUACAGCCAGUGUCAGUCGCUCCACAGCCACUUCCUGGGAGGCACCAUGAUCAUCAUCAUCGGAGGAAUCAUCGUGGCCUCCGUCCUCGUUUUCAUCAUCAUCCUCAUGAUCCGGUAUAAAGUCUACAGCCAUCAUGGGGCAGAUUCCGGAAAGGGGACUGCUAUGACAAACGUGCGCUCGCAGACCAAUGGGGGGCAAGCGGCGGGGCAGGUCCCGCGCUCCAGCUCCAAAAUCGUGGAGGGCCAGGAGGCCACGGGAGCGGGUUUAGGGGGGGCCGCCGGAGCCGCCGCUAGUUUAAAAGACUCCACUGCCAUGGUGCUGGUCAAAGACUCUGAGACAACUGUGCAGAUAUCAGAGAUGAUCUCCGAGGACAUAGUCUCCCCCACACAAAAGCACCAUCCUAGGACUUGUAUAGAGCUCAAGAGACGGCCUUCUCUGUCCUCCAAAGAGGGUACAAGUACAGACACACCAGGAGACACGGCAAGCCCGCAGGUCAGCGGCGAGAAGAAGGUUCAACGAGAUUGGAGCGACUUUAAAAUUUGAUGACUCCUUCCGCUGUCCCACAAGAGACAGCCAUCAGCCCUAAAGAAUAUUCAUCAUUCUCCACCCAUUCAAUCAUGCAAACUGCACCAGUGAGCGGAAACUCAGAUGGGACAAAGUAAACAGCAUGUCUGUGCUUUCUGCACUUUCAUCAAUCUGCCCUCCUGCAUCUCCUCUGACUUUACAGUGUCAGUCGUGACCCUCUCGUCCAGUGAGAACUCAAACCUAAAGGACUCAAAGCAACAAACAGAUGGCAGCAGCAGCAGCAACAGUCCCGAAUGGGA